AUGACAAACUGCAUCCGACUCAAAACAUUCCACUGCCUGAAGAAGACGGACAAAGAAGAGGACGACACUCAAGACGCUGUUCGCUGUUUGAAACCACCAGACAGAUGGACCUUGCUAUUCAACGCUGGAGAACCGCUUGCGUUCACGAUCCAUCCAGUUCAACACCUCGAGGACAGAUGCAGCACUGCGGGAACGGUCAACAGCCAGCUCAAGGAAGAGCAGCUUGAGGAGACUACCAUCUCCACCGCCUCCAAGGUACGCAUCUGCUUGAGUGUCUUAGCUUGCAAAUUCUCUAUCGCAUGCUCGCGAUAUACAUGCUAUGUAUUUGUGUUGGUUUGCUUGCAUAACGCUUCUAAACUCAAGAGUUUGAGAUGUGGAUGCCCCGGCCCGCCGCCAACAAAGAUCGAUGACCCGUGUCAACUAGUGUCUUACCCGAUUGAGAUAUUUUUUUUUUUCUACAAAUACCUUCAUUAUCUUUUCCUUCGGCGAACCUUGAAUUUUGAAUGCGUUUCUCUGGCUGAUGAAUCGCCUGACCAUUACCUCGCCUAUAACCGUGGAGUCUCCUUUGAUACCUUUGACAACCGAGAUGCCACCGAAUUCUCGUUGACGUUGAACUACAAACAUAAAGAUUACAGGAAUACGCGCCGCAGUCGGACCUUCCUUUGCGGCACUGACCAGAACGAUUAUUCGGACUUUGCUCUGGAAUGGCUUAUCGACGAACUGGUAGAUGACGGAGAUGAGGUUGUUUGUCUACGGGUUGUGGACAAAGACUCCAAGAUUGCGAGUGAUUCCGGCGUUGAAGAAGGCAGAUAUAGACAGGAGGCAGAGAAGCUACUUUCGCAGGUGAUUGCAAAGAAUAAACACGAUGAGAAGGCCAUAAGUUUGGUCAUGGAACUUGCGGUUGGUAAGGUUCAGGAGAUCAUUCAGCGGAUGGGUCUACUUCCUGGUUCUGUAUCGAAAUACUGUCUGCAACAAUCACCUAUUCCCGUCAUAGUUGUGAGGCCAUCGAGUAAGCGGGAAAAGAAGAAGCAAAAACGUUUGGCUGCAGACCCUGCCAGAAAGAGUUACAGUCAAUUUUUGAAGAUGAGUGAGUCCCGAGGGGGCUUGGGCAUUGAUAGUUCACCCAGUGGGAAUAGCAGCACUUCCAAACUUCCUGGCGAAGAGGAAGAGACAGGCGAGCCUUCAACCGUAGCCAACACCAUUAUAGCUUCCUCCACCAAUGGAGACACCGAGGAGAAUGGCCAUGAUCCCCAACCUUCUACGCCAAAGGGCUCCUCCGGCGAUGCCGGUAACGACGAUGACGACGACGAUAACGCGGCCGGAACCAGAAGAAAUUCUACUGUUACAGAAAUUGAAUCACCUUUAAAAAGCCCUUCUUGUCCUGUCCUGGAGAGCCCCAACAUGAGCGCUAAUGAAGAUGAAGAGGACGUUGAAGACGAGGAUGAUGAUAACGAUGGAGGUGAAGGUGAUAUUACCUACACAGAUACAAGUUCUCGGUUGACUUCUGCAACGUCGAUUGCAGAUACAGACUCCAAGGGUGAUUCAGCGGAGGAGACAUCCGCAUCUCAGUGUGGUGAUACGCCAACAAACAUGGAAAGCAAGGAUCGUACGAGCAAUAGCAAUGGCAGUGCGGAUGAGACCCAUGAUGGUGGUAGUAACAUCGACCUGCCUAAUUAUGAUGCUGCAAAUGCUAGCUCCACUGAGGAUUCUGCCUUAGCUCAUGUCCCCGACCUUGCUGGACAACCAGUUGAUAAGUCUUCAGCAACAGGGGCAACAUACCAUCGCCACAAAUCACUUGCUGCAUUGGUUAUAUUUCCAAGUUCCACAACAACCUAUACAUUGAUGGCCAUACACCAUACCACCCGACCAUCGCUUCGAUAUACAUACUGCGCUGGCUUCCACCCUCUAGUUGGAUACAAGGUCCAAAUGCCCCCUCCUCCCCUCAAGGUUUUUCCUCUCAUGCAGGCAUCAUCAGAUGCUAACCCCUUAGCUCGACGCUCCACGUCCUCUGGUUUUGUUCUCUUCCCACGUAAUGCAACUGUGCAAUUUUGGCGUUCAGAUGGCCGGGAAUUGAUGCCGGAUAUCCAGGCUCGUUGUUUCUCUCUUUUCUUUUUCUUUUUUUCUUUUGUUUCUAUGAAUUUUCUCCCCAGCCGGACGCGACGGGCUUUCCCUUGCCUCGUUCUGUUCUCAAUGUAUUCAAUGUACUCCGUAGACGUUUCUUUUUUUUUUUUUUUUUUUUUUUUUUUUUUUUUUUUUUUUUUUUUUUUGUUCUUACUUUUUAUUUUUCUCAAGGCAAAAGAAAUUCCACUGGGUUCUCAUGUAUAUGCAGUUUACCCUGUCACAAACCUUCGGGCCAUGAACACAUCCUCGAAAGUCCUAUCCCUGUCUCGCCUACUCUGCAUAUCAUGGCUGAACUAUUUCAAAGAUGUUUCCCCAACCCACAUUGGCGCAUGUACUGGAUCUCAAGCAUCUGGCGGCUGUUGCUUGCGGGCUCCUCUGGUUGGCUUGUUGGAGGAGAGACGAGGAGGGGGGAAGAUGGUGAUGACUACCAGCAUUCGUGUUGCGCCUCAGCCCCCUCACACCGACUGGGGCUUAUUAUCAAAGGAUUGCGUCUUAUCCGCUUCUUAUCCCUUUUCCUCCCCUGACUGCUCAAAAUUUGGUCUGCUUAUUUCAUUCAGGGGGGAAAAGCGAGGUUUCUGGUUGGUCCGAUCACGUGAAGAGCGGAAAGGGGAUCCUCCCUAA